UCAUGGAUCCAAAUAAGUAAAUCAAAUACUCACAUUAUCAAAUCACAGAUGCUGUAAAUUUUGGAGGAGUUCUAGACCCAGAAUAAUGCAAAUAAUUAGCUUAAAGAAUCCUUGCUCUUUAUGAUGGAAACUCUGAUGGAAAUAUUGAUUCUUUUGAAGUUGGAUAUAUGUUAAGCGAUUGUUAUAGAGCUAUGAAUAAAGGAUUUAAUCCAACACCUACAGACAUUGCUUCAUAUUCCAGAAUUUUGGAUAGUAUCUAAAUUUAUUAAAAAUAGGAAAGGGAACAGGAAGAGUGACUUUAGAAGACAUUGAAUAAUUGUGUUUGAAAUUCUUUGGUGCCAAAUCUGAUAAACAGCCAUCAUAAUAUUGAAU